GUUUAAACCAUCGGUGUAUCGGUUAUCAAACUAGCACCACUGCCCCGCCAAUUAGCAUUCUUGAUACAGGAAACCAAUCUACGCAUUGUUUUCUUGGCGAAGGACGAAAGGCGGUAAAAGGAGAUCAUGGAUGAUAAGCUUAUAAAGUCUGCACACUCAGCAGUUUUCAAAGGCUCAGAUUCCCUUGAAGGAAUUUGUACUAGAAUCGAAGGUUAUGAUUUCAAUCAAGGUGUAAACUACUCCAGACUUCUUAAAUCCAUGCUUUCCUCUGGAUUUCAAGCUUCCAAUUUUGGAGAAGCUAUUGAAAUUGUCAAUGAGAUGUUAAAUUGGAGGCUUUCUGAUGAGCCUAUAGCUGAGGACAGCAGUGAAGAGGAGAAGGAUCCUACCUACAGAGAAUCUGUGAGAUCCAAGGUGUUUUUGGGGUUCACAUCAAAUCUUAUUUCAUCUGGUGUUCGAGACACUGUUCGAUAUCUUACUGAGCACCACAUGGUAGAUGUCAUAGUUACUACAACUGGUGGCAUAGAAGAAGAUCUUAUAAAGUGUCUUGCUCCAACAUAUAAGGGAGAUUUUUCGCUACCUGGUGCUCAGUUACGUUCAAGAGGAUUGAAUCGCAUUGGUAACUUGUUGGUUCCUAAUGACAAUUACUGCAAAUUUGAGGAUUGGAUCAUUCCAAUUUUUGAUCAGAUGUUGAAGGAACAGCAUGAAGAGAAUGUAUUGUGGACUCCAUCAAAGUUAAUUGCACGUUUGGGACGAGAAAUAAACAAUGGAAGUUCAUACGUCUACUGGGCGUACAAGAACAAUAUUCCUGUUUUCUGUCCUGGAUUAACAGAUGGCUCUUUAGGGGAUAUGUUGUAUUUUCAUUCUUUUCGCAGCCCGGGUCUGAUAAUCGAUGUAGUGCAAGAUAUUAGGGCCAUGAACGGUGAAGCAGUCCGUGCAAGUCCUAGGAAAACAGGAAUGAUAAUCUUAGGAGGCGGGUUGCCGAAGCAUCAUAUCUGUAAUGCUAAUAUGAUGCGUAAUGGUGCCGAUUACGCUGUUUACAUAAAUACAGCUCAAGAGUAUGAUGGGAGUGAUUCCGGAGCUCGCCCAGACGAAGCUGUUUCAUGGGGGAAAAUACGAGGCUCUGCUAAAACAGUUAAGGUACAUUGUGAUGCAACUAUUGCUUUCCCUCUGCUGGUAGCAGAAACAUUUGCUUCAAAGUCCAAAAAUUUGGCAUAAUAAUUAACAUUUUAUAUUAAUAAAUCAGAAGCGUGGUGAGUCCAUAACCCACAGCUAUGAUAAGUUUGUAUUGUUUCUUUUUGAUGUGGCUGUGCAAAAGUCUAAAUGAUAAUAUAUGAUGACUGUUUUACAUUAUUGCAACAACAA